GUGCGGAGGGAGGGCGGAAGUCGCGCUCAUGUACACUGAAAUCUGAAAAGUGUAAACAGGCGACCGACAGCGGCUCCAUUUAUAUUCCAGUUAGCUCGCUGCGCUGUUCUCAGAGCUCCACACCGGCUUUAGUGACUUAAAGGUCGUCAAGAAAGCCACUGGACACUAGGAUAUUUGUAGCACUGUUACUUUUCUGUGAGGUAAACAGCUUGUUGGACUGCUCGGCUGCUGAGGCGUUUCUCUUUCUCACUCCUCAGGAGAAAAAAAAGUGUCAUUUUUAGUUUCUUUUCUUUCCCUCAGACAGCCUUCAUGAGCGGUUUGUUCUGGUGUUUCUACUCGGUCCAACGGAUUUGAACACUUUUUUCUGUCUAGAGGAAAACGUUCCUUGUGAUUACUGAGGAAAUUUCCCAUUCUGUCAGGAUGAUACGGCGCGGUUUAACCUAGCUAGCUGGCCCAGAGUGUAGCUAGCUGUAGCUAACUGAGAUUACUGACUGAUUCACUGAUUCGGGUCCAGCGGUUGCCACAACAACCGAAAAUUCGAACGCGCGCGCGGGUUAGUCUCGCGGAUUCCGCGACUCGCGCUAAUGGCGGAAAGCGGUGGAAUAAAGCAGGGCAAGCCCGGAGAAAGCCCCAGCACCGGGAGGAUAAAGCAAGCAGCAGCAGAAAGCCCCGGAGCGAGCCCCGGUAACGGGAGAAAGAAGAACGGCGGAGAGAGCCCCGGCUCUGGGAGGAUGAAGCCGCAGCAGUCGCCAUCUACCCGCUCUGCUAAGUAUCACUCAGGCGCCGCCGGUCACUCUUUCCGCAAAGUGACCCUGACCAAGCCGACUUACUGCCAUCACUGCAGCGACUUCAUCUGGGGGCUCGUGGGCUACGUUUGUGAAGUGUGUAACUUCAUGUCUCACGAGAAGUGUUUGAAGCACGUGCGGACUGUGUGCUCCUGCAUGGCACCCACUCUGGUGCGGGUUCCUGUAGCUCACUGCUUCGGUCCAGCCGGUCAGAAGAAGCGCUUCUGCUGCGUGUGCCGCAAGAACCUAGAAGGAACUUCGGCUCUCCGCUGUGAAGUGUGUGAGCUGCAUGUUCACAGCGACUGCGCCCCCUUCGUUUGCAGUGACUGCCGUCUGUGUCACCAAGAUGGAGGCCAGGACUACGACAUGCACCAACACCACUGGCGUGAGGGGAACAUGGCGUCUGGAGCACGCUGCGAGGUGUGCCGGCGUGUCUGUGGCUCCUCCGACGUCCUCUCCGGCAUGAGGUGCGAGUGGUGUGGCAUCACGGCACACGCCUCAUGUUACAUCAUAAUCUCUCAUGAGUGCGGUCUGGGUCGUCUGCGCAACAUGAUCCUGCACCCCAGCUGUGUACGCGUCUGCUCGCGCAACUUCAGCAAGAUGCACAGCUACCGCAUCUCAGAGCCCCCGCAGCAGUGCGAACUGGAUAAUCUAGAUGACCCUGAUGUCCAGAACCCAGCAGCGCCGAAGGACAAUCAGUCCUCAAGCUCAUCAGAUACUGGUAAGCAGACUCUGAGAGUGUUUGACGGGGAUGACGGCGUCAAACGCAAUCAGUUCCGGCUGGUCUCCAUUCCUAGAAUCACCAAGAAUGAGGAAAUAGUGGAAGCAGCACUCAAGGCGUUCUACCUCCCCGACGACACGCAGGAAUACGAGCUCCAGAAUUACACCCACCCCGACCUGCUAACCGAUGACAUCAUCAACCGCAACGGCGUGCCCGACAACAAGGCCGGGUUUAAGGACUGCACACCGGAGAUGUGGCUUCUCAGAGCCAAGCCCAGAGACACCGAGCUGCUGAAUAUCUACGCUGGCUUUCUGAAAUUGGGUGUUGUUUACGCCAGUAUCACCGUCGGGAAGAGCAAAACUGUAGACUCCGUCAUCAAGGAAGCGCUCGUCCAGUUCGGCCAGCAGAACAAAAACCCUGCAGAUUUUAACCUUGUGGAGGUUUUAAUGAGUAGCAAACAAGUGCAGAAACAGGUUCUUGGUGGUCAGGAGCUUCUACUGGACAAGCUGCAAGAGAUCAGGAAGACCUCUCUGAGGCAGAUGAACCAGACGCGCUUUUACAUCAUGGAGAGCCGGAACCGGGUUGUCCAGGUGGAUCUGCUGAUUGGAGGACUUCCAUUGCAGUGCAGCACAGAGGAGUACACGAAGCUGCUGCAGGAACACCUCACUAUCAAGAGUCACUUGGUCACCGUCACUCACAUCUACCCAGCACAAGGAGCUGUGGCUUUGCAGAUCACGUGUUUCUCUGAAGCUGAACGCAUCUACAUGUUGGUCAAAGACACCAGCAUCAGCGGCAAGCAACUCACUUGUCUCGUCAUACCAGAGAUCUUGAAAAGCAAGCUCGCUAGAGACUCUUGCCCCUUACUGGUGUUUGUUAACCCAAAGAGCGGAAGCCUGAAAGGCAGAGAGCUCCUUUACGGCUUUCGGAAACUUCUCAACCCUCAUCAGGUGUUCGAGCUGACCAGUGGAGGGCCACUGCCUGGACUUCACACGUUUCGCGAGGUUCCUCACUUCCGCAUGCUGGUGUGUGGAGGAGAUGGGACAGUGGGAUGGGUACUGGGUGUGCUGGAGACCAUCAGACACAAAUUAGCCUGUUCUGAGCCUGCCAUUAGCAUCGUCCCUCUGGGAACAGGUAAUGACCUGGCACGUGUCCUGCGUUGGGGUGCGGGCUACAGCUGUGAGGACCCCUACAACGUCCUGGUCUCAGUGAACGAAGCAGAAGAAGUGGAGAUGGACCGCUGGACCAUCCUGUUUGACGCUCAGGAAAUGACCGAGGACGGAAAGCAGAAUGGCUUCCUGGAACCUCCGAAGAUAGUCCAGAUGAAUAAUUACUUUGGCCUAGGGAUCGAUGCAGAGCUCAGCUUGGACUUCCAUCAUGCUCGGGAAGAAGAGCCGGGAAAAUUUAACAGCAGGUUUCAUAAUAAAGGCGUGUAUGUGAAAGUCGGCCUGCAGAAACUAAGUCACACCCGAAACCUUCACAGAGACCUGAAACUGCAGGUGGAUAAGCAGGACAUAGACUUGCCAAGUAUAGAGGGCCUCAUCUUCCUCAACAUUCCCAGCUGGGGCUCUGGUGCUGAUCUGUGGGGUUCAGACAACGACUCACGCUUUGAUAAGCCCAGGAUAGAUGACGGCAUGCUGGAGGUAGUGGGAGUAACUGGGGUGGUACACAUGGGUCAGGUCCAAAGCGGGCUCCGCUCAGGGAUCCGUCUCGCUCAGGGCAGCUACAUCCGCAUCACUGUGAUGAAGCCCAUUCCGGUGCAGGUGGACGGUGAGCCAUGGAUCCAGUCCCCUGGACAGAUCAUCAUCUCUGCAGCAGGACCCAAGGUGCGCAUGCUGAGGAAAUCGAAGACCAAACAGAAGAAGCAAACUGGCAGUCUGAAGGAAGGAAGAGCUGAGAGCCCGGCGCCAGGAGAGGGGGCAAACUAACAGAAAAGCCCACUUACACACACACACACACACACACACACACACACACUCUACUUAAAAAAGUCUGUACAAUGCCGUGCAUUCUGUAACAAGACUGAAUCCACCUCCAUGGUGGGGUAACAGUGGUUAGAGAAGAAAAAACAAAUAUCAUGUUACUUACUUAAUAAUGAAUUCUUACAUGCAGCAAGUAGUUCACACUUCUUAGCCCCUCUUCUUUAAACUAAAUCAGACUAGUUGCUUUAAAUAGGCAUCACUUCCGAGGACAAAGAGUCCAGUUUGAUUUUGUGAGUGGAAGCGGUAUUGAGAAAUGAAUGGAAGGUUUCAUAUUUUGAAACCUGUAUCUUUUUUGCAGAAGUUUCGCUCAUUUUCUUCUACACAGUGGCUGAACGCUAGGGUCAACUAGUUAUGUGAUUUUCACGUGCUCAUAUUUCUUACAAAGACGGAAAAUGUUAUGAUGAAAAGAUGCUGUCAUGAAUGGCUGCGUAGCAUUAAGAACUCUGUAGCCAUUGUUGCCGGGUUGAGUUGAUUUUUUGUGAAAAUUGGCUAUUUAUUAUAAAAUUAACAUUAGACUGGACAAAAUAGACUGGACUCAUGGAGCUUAACUAAGUAGUAUCAUUAUUUAUUUUAUUUAUAAUUAAAUAGGAUUGGGAUACAGCCCUCACUGGGAGAGGUACUUACAUGAAUCUCCUAUGUGUAUUGUGUUUCUUAUGUAGUUAAAUUUAAGAACUGCAUUAAUGAGCUCAUUCACUGUACUAAACAGCUCAGUUAUCAACACACAUAAUCAUUUCUUCUAUAAGAAAAUGUGGACCAUAAUCUAAAAACGUAAACCCUGACGUAAUAUUGAUUUGUAGCGAGUGAAGGCUAAAUUUAAUUUAAUUGCAGUGAAUUUUAUGUGCUGUAGCAAGCCCUGGUAGCUUUCUUCACACCCGCGCACACACACAUGGCACCUACUGUUUCAGUCGAAGAAACGUCUCAGCAAUCGGACAAUCAUCUCACACUCCUGUUAGACACUAGGCAAGUCCUGUAUCCUCAGGCUGAUCACCAUACCCUUCACAUUCCAGUAAAUGAUAUCUUGGUGCUGUAUUUCUUUUCUCCUUUUCAAUAACUUAGCUAUAAUUCAGUUCAUUUGUGAUUACCACAUUACUGUUCUCAGAGCUGUUUAAGUUUUAUUUCUUCAUCUGGUCGAAAUUCCAUCUUGUUAGCUGUUUCACGCUGAACCGAAGUCAAAUGUUUAUUAACUUUUAUAACGAACGUCAUCUGAUUGUGUCUAAAUCAGUGUACGACGACUUUGAAGGCUGCUGAUUGGUCUCUCCUUGUCAUGUAGGUCAAGUGAAGUAAAGCCUUCGAAUCCGAACUCGUCAUGUUGUCUUACGAGCACGAAUAGUCUGUGUAGAGUGUGUGUAUAGACGAACUCUUGUACUAGAGUAACUCCUACAGGUUAUAAUAUUCUAGACAAAUGUUUGCAAACUUGUAAACGUGCCCUACUGUAAAAUUGUACAGUAAAAUAUCUAGGUGUAAGCACAAUGCUUUAUUAUAAAGUAAUAUACUGGAUAUAUUCAGUGUAUGUUUUAUAUAUUGAAUAUAUUCUUGAAAACUUACAGAAUGUUGUACUGUAUACAUGUACUUGAUGUACAGUGACCGGUCAGUCUUGUUCCAUAUAAUAUUAGAUGAAACCGUCGUAGCAGUGUACAUACAUACGGGGAACAAGCCGACUACCACUACCGCUUCUCGAAAGCAGCGCUUGCUCUACAUCUACCUCUGUGCUUUCUGCUCUUGGUUCUGCCACUUUCGCCUUGCAUUAGUAUCCGAGAUGCUGUGCCAUUUUUUUUGUUGUUGUUGUUGUUGAAUGCCAAAGGACUGAUCAAUAAUGAGCGAUUAUGGGUUGAAGGUUUGCACAGUAUUGUAUCAUCAUCCAGAAGUGUUUCACAGAAUCUUCCUCUUUUUUUGUUUUGCAAUAUCAGAGCUCUGAGCAUCAGCAGGUGCUUAAAUAAUAUCGUAAAAAAAUAAUUAUCAUUAUUUUUUAUAACUAAAAAACAUAGAGUGAAGUGAGGAUAAUGAAAAAUGAUGGCACAAGACAGGAAAAUUGUCAGAAUUAUCAUUACAAAUAUUUACAGCAUGUAUAACGAAAAUAUUCUUCAAAUAAUUUUUUUUUUUAAAAAAGAUCAUAUGUGCACAAAAAAUAAAAGAAGAAGCAGCAGCACCAUAUUACUUUAGACGAUAUUCUGUGAUGAGCACAUUCACAGAGCCUGAAUGUCAUUUAAACUGAUGCCUCAGAAAUUACUAUUAUAGACAAUUCCUUCAAUCCACAAUCAACAAUGAUAUUUACUUAAAAAUAAA